CGUCGACCGAAACAUGGCACGCUCGGCCACCAAUCCAACGAGAGCCGUUUGAAAUGUUCGCAGCUGGAGAAUCAGGCUCACUGUAUUGGCUGUUCAACAACGUGCCGUCUCCGAAUCCAUCAUUCGAGAACGUGACAAGUCAUUUUCACCGAGAGGCCCUGUCAGAGCUUCUCGAUGACCAGUAUCAACUACCUGGACUCAGAAGCUCUCUCUAUCCGUAUCAACGAAAAUCGGCCGGCCAAAUGCUUCAAAGGGAGUACGAGGACAAGACCGAGCUUGAUCCUCGGCUUGAACAACGUAUCGCGACCGAUGGAACCAGGUACUUCUAUGCGCCCUGGGAAGUUUCUUUUCUUCGGAGUCCUCGGUUGUAUGAUUCUUGCAGGGGAGGAAUCCUUGCGGAGACUAUGGGCUUAGGUAAAACAGUCAUCUGUAUCGCGUUGAUUUUAGCGACUCGAGGUUAUCUUCCUCAAACCCCUGCCCAAUAUGAUCGGGUCCCGGUUCGACCAAAGACCGCGAGUCUUGUGGAGACAGCCAUCUCAGCCAUCAACCGACAUUCAGCGCCGUGGCGCUCAUAUUUUGAAAAGCAUGAAGAGCUCACGGGUGAGCACAUGGGUCAAUGUAUUGCACUCUUGAGCCAGAACGCCCCUUCUUACGAAAUUCCUGCUGAGCCACUCCGCCGCAAUCGAGGAACUACAACGCCAGCCCCGAGAACGAUGACACUGGCUGCCACAACUCUGGUUGUUGUGUCGAGAAAUCUCUUGUCGCAGUGGCAAUCCGAGUUGGAAAAGCAUACGACGAAAGACAGUUUGCGCACUUUGGUAAUGGAUGACAACAAAGUUCCCCUGCCUCCUCCAGGAGAGCUGGCCAAGUUCGACCUCAUUUUAUUCAGCAGACCACGCUUUGAAUGUGAGGACAGAGAUGGUGCCGACCCAAUUGGACGGCGCAUGUCGAGAUACCCAGUCUCCUGCAGUUGUCCUUACAUUGGCGCAACACGUACGCGGGAUUGUGUCUGUGUACAACCUGAUGAUCUUUAUGUAUCACCGCUCAAAGCUUUACAUUUCUUACGCGUGAUCAUCGACGAGGGCCAUGGUAUGGCGGCUGAAAAUACCAGAAUUGCGACAGUUGCAAACAAACUCGUCGAAGCCUCUCACCACUGGGUUGUCAGUGGUACUCCUGCCAAAGAUCUCAUCGGCAUAGAAAUGGAUCUGGUUGGUCCAAUGUCUCAUUAUGGUUCUCCAGCUCCAGUCGAGCCUGGUGGUGCCGAUUCUCAAAAUGGCUCUGGACCUGGACCUGGACCUGGCACAGGCUCUGACUCUGCUAUCGACGAUGAUGAACUUCUCAGACGCGACACUCUGCUCAGUCAAAGAAAAACAUUCAUAAGUAAAGACGAGAAGGACGGAGCCGUUCGAAGUAUUGGUUCUUUGGUAAGCAACUUUUUGAGAAUCAGGCCCUGGAGCGCUGGCGAUGAAGAGAGAGGCGCCGAUUGGGUCGACCACUUUUUCCGCCACGAAAUGACUCGACCACGUAUGCGAACCUUCUCUGGUUUCUCAAAAUGCCUUCGUCGCACCUUGGAGUCAAUCGUGAUCAGGACGCAAUUUGCAGAUGUUCAAAGAGACAUUGAGCUACCGCCACUGACCCACAAGAUCAUCCGCCUGGAACCAUCAUUCUAUGACAAACUCACAGUGAAUGCGUUCGUUUUCGUCUUGAAUGCCAAUGCUGUAACCAGUGAGAGGACUGACGUGGACUAUAUUUUUCACAAGAAGAGCGGAAAGGAACGUACUCAACUACUGAACAACCUACGUGCAAGUGCCUUCUAUUGGACUGGAUUCAGCACCGCCGAUAUGCAAGCUGCUAUUGAGCAAAGUGAAGCAUAUAUCGAGAAGCAAACCAAACUGUGCUCAAGAGCGGACGAGGAUCUACUCAAGCGCUGUAUCGGGCAAGCCGGAAUCAUGGUCAGCUCGGAAGGUUGGUCAGCGUUGACUACAAGCCACGAAGUUGGUCUUUUUGUGAAAGAAUGGCCUGCUGAAUCUGCCGCAUUCUGGUCAUUUGAUAAAGCGAACGAAUCUUCAACCUCGUUUCUUUUGUGCGGAGCAACUCAACUUGUGCAAGCUCAAGAUUACGUCAACCGUCAAAGCAACUUGGAUCCAGCAGAAGGCCUUGCAGGAGUCGGUAUACGCGCGCUGUCCGUCUUGCAUCCACAGCCGACUGUUUCUGCAAGCACACCCGUACUUGCAAAGGCAGGUAUACCUUCGUCCACUUUUGCGGCCAAUCAGAACAGAGAAAAGCGCUCUACCAGCGCAAAUGCCCUAAGGUCACACCCAUCAAAGCCUACGAUCAGCUCGCCUACAUCCAAAAAGGAUUCAGAAGCUUCCGAAGCCCCCGACGAGGAAGAAGACAUCCAAUUACCCCUCGACUCUGUCCUCCGCCAGACCAGCAUCGUUGGUACGACAAGCGCCAAGCUCAGCUAUCUUCUCUCUCGCAUCGAGGACUUUUAUCGUGAGGAGAAAAUUCUGGUCUUUUACGACAAUGAUAACACAGCAUACUACAUUGCGCAAGCCCUCGAAGUACUUCACAUCGACUAUCUCAUUUAUGCGAAGUCACUCACACCAGCUCUCAAGUCAGAAUACGUCGUACGUUUCAACCAAAAGCCCGAGCACCGCGUGCUGUUGAUGGAUAUCGGCCAAGCGGCUUAUGGUUUGAACUUCUCUUGUGCGUCAAGAGUGUUCUUUAUCAAUCCUGUGAACCGCCCGCAGAUAGAGGCGCAAGCACUCAAAAGAGCGCAUCGUAUUGGACAGACUCGUGAAGUCCAUGCUGAGACAUUGAUUCUCAAGGGCACUAUUGAAGAACGCAUCUUCGAGCGAGCACGAAUGAUGAAUCGGAUAGAACACAAGAACGCCAAAGAACUGGACGAUGACCAAGCCAUUCGCGAGAUCAUCCAGAGCGCUCAACCGAUACCAGUAUCACCCGAGGAAGCGCAAGGCAUGGGACGAGUUGCAUUCAUCCACAAACCCCAGCAGCUAUUCGCCAGACCUGGUUGGGCAAGCUGGAAGAAGAAAGCAAAAGAGAAUUCGAAAGCUCGUGACGACAAAAGUAGCUUGAGCAAAAAGGGUGGAAAGAGAAAGGCUGAUACCCCCAAUGAUGGAAGCCGUAGCAAAAAGCGGUCGAAAAAGAACCCAGCAGCAACAUGAUGAUUCCAUUGAUAGUUUUUGAGAAAGGCAGGGACAGCUCGUCGAUGAGACUGGCUCUAUUGAUGUAUAUGGGAACUUCAGAAAUGGUCGCGCUGUGCUCACGACUUAUUUGGAGUGAGACAGUAUCCAAUAAGUCACAUCUCGUGCGAAGGUGAGCUUGUCCUCGCCAACUUCACCGUGUACUGGAUCAAUCAAGUUAGCUCGAGGAAACCCAAUUGGAAUGACAAUAAUGACUUACGCUCA